AUGCUUGCAGCGUUCGAAAAUGUAGCAGUUGGCGGCAACGGUGGCAAGUGUUACCACACAGCGGAAUCUCUAGUGUUCCUGGCGAAGCAAUGUUCGUCGACCAAGACGCUCCAGCAGCUUCACACCCAAAUGGUGGUGAACUCCAUUCACAACCACCACAACCACCUUCUCUCCAGAGCCAUACACCUCAAAAACUUCCCCUACGCUUCUAUUCUCUUUUCCCACAUCGCUCCCCACCCCAACGACUACGCCUUCAACAUAAUGAUCCGCGCCCUCACCACUACCUGGCACGACUACCCUCUCGCCCUCAACCUCUUCUACCGCAUGAAGUCCCUCUCCCUCAUCCCCAACAAAUUCACCUUCCCCUUUUUCUUCCUUUCCUGCGCCAACCUCGCUGAAAUUUCCCACGCCCGCGUUGCCCAUUCACUUCUUUUCAAAAUUGGCCUUCACUCCGACCCCCACACCGCUCACUCCCUCAUCACCACAUACUCGCGGUGUGGCCACCCCGCGUGUGCGCGAAAGGUGUUUGAUGAAAUUCCCCACCGGGACUUGGUGUCCUGGAACUCUAUGAUUGCUGGUUAUGCCAAGGCGGGCUGUGCCAGGGAGGCUGUGGAGGUAUUUGGGGAGAUGGGGAGGCGGGACGGGUUUGAGCCGGAUGAGAUGAGUCUGGUGAGUGUGCUUGGGGCUUGUGGGGAGCUGGGGGAUUUGAAGUUGGGAAGGUGGGUAGAGGGGUUUGUUGUGGAACAUGGCUUGGCUCUUAACUCGUUUGUAGGUUCUGCUUUGAUUAGUAUGUAUGCUAAGUGUGGGGAUUUGGGGUCUGCUAGAAAGAUCUUUGAUAGCAUGGCUGCAAGAGAUGUUAUCACGUGGAAUGCUGUUAUAUCAGGAUAUGCUCAGAAUGGGAUGGCGGACGAAGCGAUCUCUUUAUUCCAUGCUAUGAAGGAGGACAGUGUUAAGGCAAAUAAAAUUACCCUGACUGCAGUGCUCUCUGCAUGUGCCACCAUCGGCGCUCUUGAUCUGGGGAAACAGAUUGAUGAAUAUGCAUCACAAAGAGGAUUUCAUCAUGAUAUUUUUGUUGCUACUGCGUUAAUUGAUAUGUAUGCUAAAUGUGGGAGUUUAGAAAGUGCACAGAGAGUUUUCAAAGAAAUGCCUCAAAAAAAUGAAGCUUCUUGGAAUGCAAUGAUCUCUGCACUUGCUUCUCAUGGAAAAGCCAAGGAGGCACUAUUACUAUUUCAGCGCAUGUCAGAUGAAGGUGGAGGUGCCCGUCCUAAUGAUAUAACAUUUGUAGGGUUGCUUUCUGCUUGUGUGCAUGCAGGCCUGGUAGCUGAGGGCUAUAGAUUGUUUGAUAUGAUGAGCACAUUGUUCAGAUUGGUACCAAAAAUUGAGCAUUACUCUUGUAUGGUCGAUCUUUUGGCACGUGCAGGUCAUUUAUAUGAAGCAUGGGAUCUAAUUGAGAAAAUGCCCGAAAAACCAGACAAGGUUACAUUAGGUGCUUUGCUUGGUGCCUGUCGAAGGAAUAAAAAUGUAGAUAUAGGGGAACGGGUUAUGCAGAUGAUUCUGGAGGUGGAUCCUUCAAAUUCAGGGAACUAUAUUAUCUCAUCAAAAAUAUAUGCAAAUCUAAACAUGUGGGAAGAUUCUGCAAGGAUGAGAUUGUUGAUGAGACAGAAGGGUAUUGCUAAAACUCCUGGUUGUAGCUGGAUUGAAAUUGAUAAUCACUUGCAUGAAUUUCAUGCUGGUGAUGGCUUAUGCCUUGACUCUAUAGAUACAAGUAACAUAAUGUAUUUGCUCUAUGAGGAGCUGAAACGGGAAGGGUAUGUCCCAAAAGUUGUUGAGUAG